ACCUGCAUACUACCUUAACCUCCAUCUAUAAAUUGUCUCUCCAAAUUUACAAUCUUCUCUUUGUUUUUCUUGGUGUCAAGUCCCUUAGUGAAAGAGGCAACCUCAAUCAAUGUAUUAUUCUCUGCCAACCACAAACACUUAACAAAUUCUUUAAUAUUUUACCUUUGUUUGUUCUGAUGGCUUUAGCCUCCACCAAAGAAGCCUCUCUGAGGCGACUAGGCGAGCUUCUUGACGAGCAGCAAGAGCCGUUUGUGCUAGAAAUCUACCUCCUCGAAAGAGGGUAUGGUAUCAGAAAAAGCAUGGAGUUACAGGGUGGUUGUUGCUCAAGUACCAUCAACAAAAAUUUCGAGGAUAGUCCGAUGAAGCAGUUGUUGAAGAAGUCUUGGAGUUAUCAUAUUGGAGCAAAUCCUGUAUCAAGGAAAAGGGCCUUGCAAUUCUCGAGUAUGGCUAAAACUCUUGUUAGUAAACUUGUUAGGAGGAAGUCUAGAAGAAAAGAGGAAGUUGUUGAAUCAGCAGGGAGAUGUUCUGCUGUUAGUGAUUCCACUACACUGUCGAAUAAUACUUGGUCUGAGAGUGAUAAAGAUGGAGAGAUUAUCAGCAUGUCAACUCCUGCCAAGCACAAGAAUACUUGUGUGGAGUCAACUCCGGAUAGUGUGAUGAAUGAAUGGAAAUUAGUCCAAGAAAACAAGCAGUACAGCCCAGAUUCUGUCCUUGAUCUUCUUCAGUCCAUCCCAGUCUAUAAAGUGAGACAGUCUCAUGAGGGGAUUCCAAGGUUACAGAGAAAAGUGUCAGAGGAUGCAAUUGUGUCGGCCUCGCUGUGGGAACUGCUAGUGCAGUUGAGAGAGAAGCCAAAGAAGGAAGGGGCUGAGUAUAUGAAUACUAAGAAAGCCUUGCAUAGAAGUCGUCAACUGAUGUUCGACUGUGUGAGAGAGGCAGUCGAAAAUGGGAAGCAACAGAAGCGCAGCAGCCACAGAGAAAAAGGACUGAAAAUGGGACCUGAUGAAAUUGGCAAGUUUAUCUGCAGAAACUUGAAAGAAUGGGGUAAACUGUCUGCUGAUGAAACAAACAUCAAACAGGUCCUAACAAUGGACUUAUUAAGUGAUGAAUGGAAAAGAGAAAUUGUUGCUGAUAUUGGAAAUGGUAUCAUUGAUGACAUUACAGAACAGAUAAUCAGAGACAUGAUUGACCCGUAAUCAGUACUAACCUAUGUUACCCGGAUUUGGAAACUCAUAUCAGACAUGCUACGUGUACAAGUGGGUGUCAAAACCGGCUGUUUUAUCUAAAUAUUCAUGUUUUUGGUCCAAAAUCAAGUGUUGAAAUGUCCAUAUAUCCAUCCCAUGAUGAAUUGUGGAGGAUCCAUCAUGGGUAUACCUAGAGGCUAGAGAGUACAUGUAACAUGUAUUAACAACUUCAAUGUGAAUAUAUGAGACCUUCUUUUUGUGGGGAAUGUAUAGAUUUAGAAUGUAUUUACGUUGAGAAAAGAAGAUUAGUUUAUGGAUGUUGAUGUCAUUAACUCAACCACCAACAAUAAUUAAAGUGAUGCAGACAGAUCUUGGUGCUCAUUUAGAA